UGAAAACUAUAGAGAAUGGUGUUACCUUGGCUGUCCCACAUGCUACAAAAAACUAAAACCAGAGGAUGAUAGGUUCAUGUGUACCAAUUGCCAUGUCACAAUGGCAGAUGGGGUGUAUCGGUACAAAGUCAGCAUUUGCAUCAUGGACCAGACUGGUCAUUCAACCUUCAUUCUGUGGGACAGGGAAUGUAUUGAAGUUUUUGGAAAAACAUCUGCUUUUCUGAUGGCUGAGAUGGAGAAGAAGACUGAAGACCAAACUCGAUUUCCAGAAGACAUAGAAAGCUUGGUUGACCAAAAGGCCCUGUUUAAAAUACAACUGAAG